AUGCAUUCCUUCAAGACCUUGUCCCGUCUGCAUCCUGAGUGCGAAUACAUAUUUCAGCUGGAGAAGGAUGAGCGCCAGUGCCUUCAGUACAUUGCAGAGCUGGGAAACAGAAGUAUGGAAGGUUGCUGGCCGUUCUGGGAUGCUGUCGCCUGCUGGCCUCAAGCAGACACUGGAGAAACGGUCCAGAGAGGCUGUCCUGCAGUUUUCUCUCUUUUCAGGAACAACACAGGGUCAGUGAGCCGAAACUGCACUAGUAGAGGCUGGUCAAAGCCUUUCCCACCAUACCAUGUCGCCUGCAGCGUGGAUGAUGACAUUCCUGAGACUGAGGAGUCGUACUUCGCCACUGUGAAGCUGAUUUACACCAUCGGCUACAGCAUCUCUCUGGGAGUGCUAGCUGUUGCUAUUUUCAUCCUGCUGCUCUUCAGGAGGCUCCGAUGUGCUAGGAACUUUAUUCACAUCCAGCUCUUUCUUACUUUUAUGCUGAAAUCAGUGGCAGUUUUCAUAAAAGAUGCUACUUUGUUCUCAAGCGAUGACACCAACCACUGCACCCUCUCUACGUUUGCCUGCAAGGCUUCUGUGGUUUUCUGUCACUACUGUGUGAUGGCUAAUUUCCUUUGGCUCCUGGUGGAGGCGCUCUACCUCAAUUCGCUGCUGCUCUCCUCCUUUUAUCACAGCCGUCGAUGCCUCUGGGGCUUCGGCUUGCUUGGAUGGGGUGUGCCUGUCUUCUUUAUAGUUCUGUGGAUUGGAUCCAGGGUGUACUUUGAGGACACAGAAUGCUGGGACAUCAAUGAGGACUCGCCCUACUGGUGGAUCAUCAAGGGACCAAUUGUUCUCUCUAUAGCGGUGAAUUUUAUGCUCUUUGCAAAUAUAAUCAGAAUCCUGGUACAGAAACUCAAUCCUCGGCUGAUCCAGUUCAAUAACUCCUCUCAGUACAGGCGACUGGCCAAGUCCACCCUCCUCCUCAUCCCUUUGUUUGGAACCCACUACAUGUUCUUCAGCUUCUUGCCCGACUACUUCAGCGUUAACCUGCGCCUCUGUAUUGAGCUCUGCAUGGGAUCUUUUCAGGGGCUUCUUGUUGCCGUCCUCUACUGCUUCCUCAAUCAAGAGGUGCAGAAGGAGGUCCACAUCCAGUGGCUGAGGUGGCAGGAGAGGCGUUACGGGGUGGUUUCACCUGCUGCGAAGGGGAGCCAGAUGGACACGCCCUUCUGA